CUUGCUGUCUCGUUUCCACCUCAGUGCUUACCCGCCUGUUUCUACGUGUGCUAGUAUCCCAAAGAACAAAAAUAAAAUGACUGCGAUACCCGUGCCUGAAAUCGAUGGCAUCACCCCGCCAGCCAAGCCCACAACGACCCCGCCGCCCCAGAUUCCUGAAUCUCGAGAUGCUUUCUAUGGAUAUCCCGAGGAGCGAACGUUCCAGCAUAUUGAGGAGAAAAUGUGGGCACAUCGACGUGGCUCGGACGCGCGCUCGGAUGGAGCAGCGUCAUUUGCAGGGAGCAUGUUGGGGCAUGGCGUAGCUGUAGAUGCACGUGUCCCGAGCCCAUUUGUGGAGGAAAUCGAGGAGCAAGUGGAGGAAGCGGCCAAGUCCACGAUGGAAGGACAUCAGACGGUCCUUUCUUCCGAGCUGGCUCACCUGUUCCAGUCAUUCCAACGUUGCCUCGAUCUCCGCGAUAAAUACACCCGCAAGUCCUGCCAGAGGCUGGGGGACAAUCCCAAAGACUAUGACGGGCAUUUUCAAGGGCUGGAUGACGAGUUUGCAGAUGUGAAUGGGGCGAAGCCGGAUGCGGGGCUACCUUCUGGUCCAAGUCCAAGCGGCGCUAAGCAGACGAAGCCGUGGAGAGUGUACCCAAGUCCGCCGCCACCUCAUUGGCACUGGACGGACGACAAGGAGGCGGUGAGUAUCGACGGGAAGUACGGUGGAAGUGGGAAGGAGUUUAGGUUCGAGGAGUGCGAAAUUCCCGGGGAUCACAACUGGGACUUUAAGAUCGAUGACAAGGGCGUGUUCCAGGUGUACGAGCCUGGUCAAACGACGCCCGCGUUCGACAUACCCAGUAUUCGCGAGUAUUUCGUGGAUCUGGACUAUAUCCUGGGCGUCAUUUCGGAUGGCCCAACAAAGAGUUUUGCGUUUCGGAGGCUUAAGUAUUUGACGAGCAAAUUUACGAUGUAUAGUCUCUUGAAUGAGUUCCAGGAGUUGGCUGAUAUGAAGCGCGUUCCUCACAGAGAUUUCUACAACCUUCGUAAAGUCGACACCCACGUGCAUCAUUCAAGCAGCAUGAACCAGAAGCACCUACUGCGGUUUAUUAAAGCAAAGAUGAAGCGCAGCCCCCAGGAUGUUGUAAUAUUCCGCGAUGGCGCUGAAUUGACGCUCGAGCAGGUGUUCCAGUCGCUCAAAUUGACGGCUUAUGAUCUAUCCAUCGACACGUUGGAUAUGCAUGCGCACCAGGAUACCUUCCAUAGAUUUGACAAAUUCAAUCUAAAAUAUAACCCGAUCGGAGAGUCAAGGCUGAGGGAGAUCUUUUUGAAGACAGAUAACUUCAUCGAAGGGAGGUAUUUGGCGGAGAUCACCAAAGAGGUCAUGAACGAUUUGGAGCAGAGCAAGUACCAGAACUGUGAAUGGCGACUCAGCAUCUACGGACGAUCCGCGAACGAAUGGGACAAGAUUGCCAAGUGGAUCGUCAACAAUAAGCUCUACUCGCACAACGUCCGAUGGCUCAUCCAGGUUCCGCGGCUGUAUGACGUGUACAAAGCGAAUGGAUCUAUCAAGACGUUUGAGGAUAUCGUUAUCAAUGUGUUCAGGCCAUUGUUUGAGGUGACCAAAGACCCGACGACUCACCCAGAGCUGCACGUUUUCUUGCAACGCGUAGUCGGCUUCGAUACCGUCGAUGAUGAAUCCAAGGCUGAGAGAAGGAUAUACAAAAAAUUCCCCUACCCGCGGGUCUGGGAUACCAAUCAAUCGCCGCCUUAUUCAUACUGGGUAUAUUACAUGUUCGCGAAUAUGGCAAGUCUAAAUAACUGGCGGAGGCUACGCGGAUUCAAUACCUUCGUGUUCCGACCUCAUUGUGGCGAGGCAGGCGAUACGGACCACCUGACCUCCGCCUUCCUUACCUCACACUCGAUCUCACAUGGUAUCUUGCUCCGUAAAGUCCCAGCAUUGCAGUACCUGUUCUACCUCAAGCAGAUCGGGAUAGCGAUGAGCCCGCUGAGUAAUAACGCAUUGUUUUUGACAUACGAGAGGAAUCCCCUUCCAGAUUUCUUCAAGACUGGGCUGAAUGUCAGCUUGAGCACGGAUGAUCCGCUGCAGUUUCAUUUUACCAAAGAACCUCUGCUGGAGGAGUAUAGUGUUGCUGCUCAUAUCUACAAGCUCCCCCAAAGCUCGCUGGCCGAGCUCGCGCGCAACUCGGUCAUCCAAAGCGGGUUCGAAAUGGAGCUCAAACGGCACUGGAUAGGAACCGAGUGGUACCUUCCUGGCGCGUCUGGGAAUGAUAUCAAUAAGACGAAUGUGCCCAAUAUCCGGCUGUCUUAUCGACAUCAAACAUUAUUGGAGGAACUUGAUAUGAUCUGUGCGAAGAAUCAUGGGCAUGUGUUGACUGGGAGGCGUGAUUCACAUGGGCACGGGCAUGGGAUGCUGCCGACAGCUGAUAAUGUCGCGGCGCGGGCGAUGGCGAGGCAUUAGUCCCCCUCUACCGUAGAUCAUUUCUCCCCAUCUGCUCGGUGUUUUCGUUGAACCUAGAUGAUCAGUUUUGUCUACAGCGGAGUUUGUUGUUGCUAGGCUGGGCUCCUGACCAAAAAGCAUUCCUGCCUGCUUGCACGAUUCCAAACCUUCGGGAUGGUCCUUCUUUUCUCGUCCCUUAGCUUCAAUCCCGACAUGCUUUCGAUUUUGUUUUUUUUACCCUAGAUAUGUUUUCCGUUUUUUCUGGAUGGAUCAGCUAAGUAAAGCAUGGGUUAUGAACGAUCAAGAUGCAGAGCGUUUGAUGUAAGGCGAGUAUUCAUAUGAUGUAAGGC